AUGGGCAAGCGCAAAGUCAUCUUUUCUGAAACAAGUCCACCACCUCAUCCAUUUGUUGAAAUUCGUAUUACAGAAGUAAACCCUACUUUAACACGAAGGAACCCUACUUUAGAACUAUUUCCGUGCAUGUUUCCAACACCUGAACCACUUGUUGAAACUCCUAUUACUCAAGAGAAUCCUACUUUAGAAUCGAACCUUACUUUAGAACUAUUUACGACUCAAAGUCCUGUUUCAAAACCGGUUCAGAGUCCUGUUACAGAACCAGAACCGGUUCAAAGUCCUAUUUUAGAGCCGGUUCAGAGUCGUGUUCCAGAACCAGAACCGGUUCAAAGUCCUAUUUUAGAACCGGUUCAGAGUCAUGUUCCAGAACUAGAACCGGUUCAUAGUCAUGUUCUAGAACCAACAUUAUUUCAGUUUGACAGCCUCUUUCCUCAAUCAAUCCCACCACCUCAACAAUCAAUGCAUUUGCCUCCUCGCGAACAUGCUCGCCGUGGUCAACAAAGUGAAAAACCCGAAACUAUCGAUAUACCUUUCAGAUGGGCUACUAAUCGAAGAGCAAACGUUUGCAGUUUCCAUUAUCUUAUUCAAAAUGAAAUCUUUGAUAUUACAGGAGAUGUCGAGUGCAAGAAUUGCAAAAGAAAAUUCGAAAUGUCAUUUGACGUGAGAGAAAAGUUUCCUGAAAUCUCGGACUAUAUUUUGAAAAACAGUCAAGCCAUGGAUGAAAGGGCGCCACCAGAGAUAUGGAUGAAUCCAACAUUGCCGGACUGUGUGCAUUGUAACAAAAAAAACUGCGUGAACCCAAUAGUUGCCGAUAAGAAAAAGAAGAUUAAUUGGUUGUUUUUGUUUUUGGGACAAAUGCUUGGCUGUUGCAAUCUUGUACAAUUGAGAUAUUGCUGCAAAUACAACAACAGCCAUCGAACAGGUGCAAAGGAUAGAGUUCUUUAUUCAGCAUAUCUUGCACUCUGCAACCAACUUCAUUCUAACCACCUUUAA